UCCUUUUUGCAGUGCUGCUGUGGAGUUUUUACUGGAGAAUAAAGACUCAGAAUGGAGACAAUAGAAGAAAGGGAGCAAAACGAUUGGAAAAUAGAAGGAAAAUUAGAAGAGAGGCAUUUCUUGCAGAGAGAAGGCGUAGGUGGGUGUUAGUAUUGUUUCAGAAGAAACCUCCAAGGAUCUGGUGUAAAGCAAGAAGCAAG